CUUUAAAUAAAUUUAGUACAAAAAAUAUCAUGUUUUAAAUAUAAUAAAUAAUAACAAUUUAUAUAGCUCCAUCUAGUUCCAAGAUCAACAAUGUCGGAACAGGUCCUCGAUAAGGAGACCUGGCCGCAAGAAGCUGAAGCAGCUAUAAAUGACAUCAGAAAACACGUCAAAACUGCUAACAUAUCGCCGCUGUUGAAGAGCAACAAUCAACGCAUUUAUAUCAACCUGACCACACUGGAAAGCACCAAUUACUGUAUAGAAAUGUCCGCAUCAGGUUUCAGGGUCGUAGGAAGAAAGUACAACGACACGAGCUUAGCAACCAUAGAGAAUAUGAACUACGAAACGCCAUACGCUUUACUGAAUAGCAUAAGCCAAAAAUACAGGGAGUCUUUCGGUGGAGAACUUAUGAACAAACUGUUGGACUUGGCCAAGAGUACUGAAGGUUGAAUGAGAAUAUCAAUUCUUUGAACUUAUAACGUAGGCAAAUUCGCCUAGGGAGUGAUUUUGUAGCCAUAUAUUUAACAUGUCAGUAUUUCGAGUGCUAUAAACAUAAAUUUAAGAGAAAUUAUAUCAGGCGACGCCUUUUCUGCAUUUAUUUGUGUCGCUGUGUAGCCGGCACAUUUCUUGGAACUUUAAAGAGUGGCCUAAUUGGUUGUGUCAAUUCAUUGGGACCUGUAGGUCCCACUAGAUAAGCCUAAGUAGAUACUUGAUAAAAUGUAUAAUAAAACUAUAUUCUAAAUAAAACGUAGGGAUCCAAUAAACGUAUGCAGAUUCAUGCAUACAUAAAAGGCAGAAAUUGAACAAUAUACUAUAGGUAGUGGAUGAAGUGUCAUAGAUUGUUAUUCGCAUUACUCUGUGGUUGCGCAAAGUAGAUUUGGACAACAAUGAUAUAAAGUACGCUACAGUACAACAACAGACUGAAUACAAAUAUGUAUAUUUAAUUACACAUAACGUAGUUAAUGUGAUGUGAUAGUAAAUUGUAAUUAUUUGA